AUGCCGCCCCGCGCCCCAAUCGCGCCCCCAGCCCGGCUGACCACCGCCCGUGUCCAGCUUGCCAAUGGCCUAUCCAUGCCGCAGAUCCAUCUUGGAGUCUAUCUUACCGACGGUCGUGAGUGCUACCAGGCCGUCCUAUGGGCCCUGGAGGCUGGAUAUCGUGCCAUCGACUCAGCGCAGAUGUAUCAUAACGAGCGCGAGGUCGGACAGGCCAUCAAACACUUUCUCGCGAGCCCGGCCAACAGUCAAGGGCUGAAGCGAGAAGACAUCCAUUUCACCAGCAAGCUCGCUUCCAACACUUCGUACGACGCGGCAAGGCGGGCUAUUAAGCAGUCUCUGAAGGCGUGCGGUCUGGACUACAUUGAUCUGUUUCUCCUGCACAGCCCAUAUGGCGGCAGGCAGGCGCGGCUCGAUUGCUGGCGAGCCGUGGAGGAUGCGAUCGCGGACGGAGAGGUCAAGAUUGGAGGUGUGAGCAACUACGGCGUCAAACACCUCCAGGAACUGCUUGAUUCCAAGCCGCGUGUCCACCCUGCUGUCAACCAGAUUGAGGUGCACCCGUUCAACACGCGCACCGACAUCACGACGUUCUGCCAGCAGAACAAUAUCGUGGUCGAGGCAUACGCGCCGCUUGCGCGCGCGCUGCGGAUGCAGCACCCAGUGAUAGUAGCGCUGUCGAAGAAGUACGCGUGCACGCCGGCGCAGCUGCUCGUCCGCUGGAGCCUGCAGCAUGGCUACGUGCCUCUGCCAAAGAGUGUCAAGAAGGAGCGCAUCGUCGAGAAUGCCAGAGUCGGGGAGUUCGCGAUCGAGGAAGAGGACAUGACGGAGCUGGACGGCCUGGACGAGUACCUGGUGACUGAUUGGGACCCGACGGACUGCGCGUGA